UUUUUCGUAAAUUCAUUAAGUAGUAGUCAUGAUAUAUUCAUAGUAAUAGUUACUAAUUUAGGAUGAUUAAUGAACGUUUUAAUCAACAAGCUAUACGGGAGCAUAAUCGACUUCGUUCUUUACAUGGAUGUGGAGAACUUCAAUUAGAUGAAGAAUUAAUGAUUUCAGCACAAAAAUGGGCUGAAAAUUUAGCUGACGCUGAAAAACUAUAUCAUAGUAACUAUAAUGAUUAUGGAGAAAAUUUGGCUUUUAAAAUGUCUGUGGCACCAUGUCAAAUAACAGGUGAAGAGGUUUCACAGACCUGGUAUAGUGAGAUUGACUAUCAUGACUUUAACCAAUGUUAUCAUCCAAAUUCACGUCAUUUUACUCAGAUGAUUUGGAAAUCCACAACACAUGCUGGAUUUGGAUUAGCCUUAAGUCAAGAUCAAACAAAAGCAUAUGUUGUUGGACGUUAUUUACCUGUAGGUAAUAGAGGGGAUUUCGGAUGGAAUGUACCACAUUAUCAAGGAGUUAAAAGAUCUGGUGACAAUGAAAGCCGGUAUACUGAUGGAGGAAGUGCAAAACUGAAUGAUACUGGAUCAGCAAAUAACGAUACAUCAAGAGAAAGUAUGUAUUCAUUGGAUCGUAAUUCAACUAGAUCAAGUCAUAGACGAUCUUUUAGAGAAAGUCUAGGAUUAUCAGAAAGAUGCAAAUGUUACUGGGAUCAUACACCAUAUUUACCUGAAGGACACUCUAUAAUAAACGAAGAUGAACGUUCUAGAACUGGCUCAAUACGUAGUGGAGACUUUCAACGUUCCAGACCUACUUCAUUUUCAAAUAAUGAUGAUAUACAUUUUAAAUCUGUAUAUACAAGAAGUUCUGAAGAUUUACGACCUAAAACUAUAAAUGUCACUACUACUAGUUUACCGAAUACAGAUGAUGCGCACAAUUCAUUAUGUAGUCCAACAGUGAUCAAUUUAAACUUCAUGAAUUCAGAUGAACGUCCAACAAUAGUUACGAAUGCGAAACCAUCAGAUGACUUUUCGGGUUCUAAUCGUGUGUCUAUCAGGACAUCAAUGAGACGACCAACAAGAAGUUCAACACCAGUGUGUAAUGGACAUUCAUUUGAAAGAGAGAGCAGUAUUUCUUCAAGUGGAAGAGCAAACUAUCUAAGCACCGUAAAUACUAGAGGUUCGAAUGACUACCAUUCACAAGACGAACAACAUGGAAGAGCUAGUUAUAUAAAAAGUGAUCAAUAUGGAAGAUCUAGUUAUAUAAAAGACGAACAACAUGGAAGUAAGUUCAUUUUGUCUGUUAUAUACCUACUAAUAUAUACCUAUAUAUAUAUGUGUUGUGAUGAGUAGUAUGAAGGAAACAAUGUGUGUGCGUGUGCACUGCACAAUGGAAAGUGAUUACAUAUACAAUUGAUCGAGUUGAUGUGCACUUCUCCUCAAUGUGAAUGGAAUGCAAUUUGUGGAGUAAGAUGAAGGUGGUGUAAUUCCAUUCACCUGAUCUGUCAUAUGUCAGCCGGAUCAUCACAUCGAACAGAUAGAAACAAAUUUCACACUUGAAAUGAAUACCAUGAAUUGAAAAUUGAUGUUUUCACUCAGCAUGCAUUUCCAUGCAUUCCAAUUUUAUAUUUUACACUUCAAUAUGUCAAUUAUUGUGAUUGUAACGUGUGGGGACUGCAGGUUUUUGAUAAGCAGCGUAUUUAUCGAUCGAUUAGUGACACGGAGAACACGUAGUGAACGACCUAGUGCCCUGAAUGGCCCUGAUUCGCUGUCUGUCCCAGCCAGUUUAGUCAAGAACACAAGUCACAGCCUCUGAGUUAUGAAUCAUUAUAUUUCAAACAUACUUUGUUUAUAAACCAAUCAAGCAUACCACAUCGUACCAUAAAAUAGGAAACAACAUUUGUACAAUAUUUAACAAGUGAAGUAAACAUCGACCAAUAGUAGAUGUACAUUUAAGGUCUAAGGCCACCGUAGACCUAACGCGAUAAUUAUUGGCAUAUUUUUCCGACUAUCCUAACACAGAUUGACUGUCAUUAACGACGCCAUCAAUACAUAUUUGUUAGUUAGAUUUGUUGAAAGUGUUCACGAUUGACACAUAAUGUGUGUAUUGUAGACAGAAUUAAUCAUGGGAAUGUUGAACGGAUUGAGCAUGAGUCAAUUGUUUUUUAAGCAUUGUGAUUCCACAAAACGUGAUUAGCUAAAUGUAUGACGUUGUGAUGACUAACUGCUGUAGAAUUCGAUUGGAAAUGAAUACAGUACUCAUUAGUCACUUGCUUCAAGAUGGAUUUCCUAGGGUUCUUGUGAGAAGUUGUGACUAAUGGAGUCCAGUCCGUAUCGGGUAGAGUCAGGUAUCUACCUCAGACAAUGGAUGAAUUGUUGCUCAGCGAUUCAUGGUUGGAUGUAAUUUAGACAUUAACACUAUUGGAUACCAGUUCGGUGGUCUAUAGGUUAAGCCUUCAUUCGUGAGGCCGAAGGUCUUAUUUUCCAACGCCGCGUGAGGAAUCGUAGUUGUGCACUUCUGAGGAGUCCCAUACUAAAACGGAAUGGCCUUCCAGUGCUCCCAGGUUUUCAAUGAUGGUCUAGAUUACAUAGACUCAUGAAUUCAACUAUUAGAUUACGGUGUUGCUUAGGAAAUAGAAAUAUGUUACUUGAAUAAUAUGUGAUUAUAUUUUGGUAAUUAUUUUUACGGUAUUCGAAAGAGCUCUAUUUUAUGUACCAUAUAUUUUCUUCAUUUAAUGAAAAUUUUCUGAAAAUGAUUUUUUCGUCCUAAAUCACCAAAAUAUUGUCUAUAUUAUGAUAAAUUACAAAUGAAUCUUCUUGCUUACCAUGUACAUUAUUCAAUUAUUCAUUAUGAUGAUUCUGAAUGUGGGAAAGAAGCUAUGUUUAAAUCGAUUACAUGAAAGGGAUUUUUACACUCUAUUUUAUGUUUGAGUGCUUGUUUAUAGUUUUCUCUUUUCAAUUAGUUAAGUAUAAAAUUCACAAUAUUCACAAUGAUAACAGAUUUUAAUUGUUUAAAUCAUGAGUCAAUUGAAACUAGAUCAUCAUGGAAAAACUGGAAGGAUUGGACGAUCGUUUCGUUUAGCUUCAAUUGACUCAUGAUCUCAACUAUUAAAAUUACUAUAAUAUCCACACACACACACACACACACACAAAUACCCCAUUCUGAUACUUAAAACAGAUUUGUGAUAUAUGCUUGUUAAUUCUAUAAGUUUUCAGUAGUAUUUUAAAAAAAUGAAAAAAAAUCAUAAUCAUAACCAACUAUUUGGAAUUAAACUCUAAAAAUAUAUAAUUCUAGAAUAACGGAAUAAUGAUUACUUCACAAAGUAUAUAAUUUCAGUUAAAUAAAAGAUAUUUAGUAUGUUAAUUUGAAUCGGUUUCUGAUUUCUUGCUUUGAUCUGCUUUAUUUCAUAGAUGAAAAUGAUGACUGUAAGUUAAAUUGUAUAUUUUGAUUCAUAUAUUUAUGAUUUUUAUUGAAAUAACCUUUUCAGUUCUUUACACUGAUGAAUUUCUGCCAAAUGAUCAAUGCUGAAUAUAAUUAUUACUAUAUUACAAUGUUUCGAAGGUUAAAUUGAUUGAAACAUAGAUUAAAUAAACAAUAUAAAUUCUUUAGUCAAAUAAAACAUUGGAGUUAGUAUGGUCAUGUUAGAGCAAUAAAGAAAUAUAUUCACUUUGCACAAGCAAGUGGCUAUAAAGACUCAGCAGCUAAGUGGAUAAUGUGAUGGCGUUUGAAGUGAACGGUACUGGGUUCGAUUCCAAGAGUGAACAUCAACUCUAAGAUGCAGGUACAUGCAACUGGAUUCCACUUCUAGCUACUCUCCAUUUUUGCUUAUAAUGAAGAAAUACUUUUCCUGGAAGGUAUAUCUUGUUAAAUGGUAUACAAAUAAACAAAUAAUCUAUUUAGAAGUAAAUUUCACUAAGGAUAGAUGUAGGCUAGUGAAUUACUGGACAUUAUUGAAUUAAUAGUUUAUAACUCAGCAUAGUAUAUUAGUGAAUUUGUCAACAGAAGUACUUUAUCUAUCGUAUUUUUAGUAAUCUAUCAUUUAUUUCAUCAGUUAAAAGAAUUUAGAAUACUUAUUAUGUUAUAAUGUUAAUGAAUAAUUAAAGCUACACCUCCAUGGGGAACCUCGAAGCACUGAGCGCCCGUUCCCUCGUAGUGUGGGACUCCUCAGCAGUGCACAUACACGACCCCCUCGCGGGAUUCAAACUCAGGAACUAUCGGUCUCGCAAGCGAACGCUUAACUUCCAGACCACCGAGUUGGCACCCAUCGGUGUUAAUGUCUAACUUUCACCAAUCCACGAAAUCGAGCCACCGUUCAGCAUUGUCUUCAGUGGGUUACUAUCUCACAACAGACCCGGUUGAAUUCUACUGGUCUUGUGUUCUAGUCCCGCGAUUGGGAUCGUGUAUGCGUACUGCCGAGGAGUCCCACACUACGACGAAACGGCAUUCCAGUGCUUCCAGGCUCUCCAUGGUGGUAUAACUUUAAUUAUUCAUUAACAUAAUAACACAAUAAGUAUUCUAAAUUACUUUAACUGACAAAAUAAAUGAUAGAUUACUGGAGACCCCUUUCCGAUAAUGAAUAAUCAGUUUAGUACUUUGCUUGGAAUAUUCUAUGCAGAUAGAUAUGGGAUUUAAUAUUUCACUGAAUUAAACAAAUAUUAUAAAUUGUUUGAUAACACUUCACAUACAGUCUGAAUGUUGUUUUCAAUGAUUAUAUAUAAUAUUAGUAUCUAAGCGAUUAUUAUCUUCUUUUUCAAUGUGUAGGUAACAGUACAUUAAG